GAGCAUGAUGGGAAGGGAAACUUUGACCUCUGAAACCAGGCAGAGUCCAAAGUCAACAAGACGCCAUCUCCGCUGGUUAAUUCUGCAUCUGCUGGUCUUCCGUCGGAGCGUUCCACCGUCUGAUUCUACGUCAAACAAUCAGAGGGCCUGAAAGGAUGAAGCUGCUGCUCGUCGUUCUAGCCGUCGCCCUGCUGUGUGCAGCCGGCAAGGCUCUGAACUGCCACCGCUGCACCCCCCUGAAGGCCGGGGAAGGCUGUCGCCUGUCCGUGGAGACGUGUAAGGCUGGGAAGGACGCCUGCGCCGCUGCCUCCUUCCUCAGGGCGCCAUACGGCCGGUACCAGAAGUGCAUGGCUCUGUCGGACUGCCGCAUGCUGCAGAUGAACGCCUACAUCCAGAUGACCUGCUGCAGCAAAGACUUGUGUAACGUGCUGUGAUCGUCUGCCGGCUUAAUAAAAGGCUUCUGGGUGGGGGGGCUGAGUCUCCUUCACUCAUCAGAAUAACACCCCCCUA